AUGGCCGAGGCUGCCUAUCGUCUGUCCAUCGCCAACAAUGUCACUUUGGGCUUUGGCACCGCCGCCACCCUUUCCUCCGAGGCCUACAUGCACCUCAUAUGGGGGCAGUGGGCAGUGGGCACGCAAUCUGGGUCAAAUGUUGGUUCUGUGGGCUCGUACAAUGUCUUCACGGCCAUGCGGUGGCGCGCGCACUCCAGCGACCAGGCGAAGAGAUGGAGUGCGCGAACGCAAUUCGAAGUCGAGGAGAAGUCAUUGGAAGUCAUUGGAAGUCAUUACACCCGCCCGCCCAUUACAAGACAAUCGAAUGAUGCUGCAAUAGCCCGCUCCACUGUGCGUGUUGCACCAAGUACAGUUCACCGCUCGUGUUUGUCGUCACGGGAUCCUGCAGAAACACAGAAGCACAGAAGAAACAGGAGCUCGUCCUACGACGCGUCGUUGCAGACGCGUGAACCGCUCCCAUAG